AUGCAAUAUAGUCUGACAACAUCUCAGAUUAUGGUGGAAACUGAUUCUUAUACUUUAUUUCAAAUGGUGAGAGGAUUAGCUGCUGUUCCAUGGAAGAUGGAAUAUCUGUUAGAAAGGAUUAAGCUGUUGUUUAAUUUUCUGAAUUUGCAAAUCAAGCACAUAUAUAGGGAAGCUAAUGGUCUGGCUGACUUCUUCGCUUCCUUUGCUGUUAAAUCAGAACAGUACACUGAAUUUUCUGCAACUAAUAUUCUGCCAUCUAUUGGGAGGCUUAUAAUGCAACAAGAUUUAUAUGGAUUUCCCUCUGCCAGAUUGAAGAGAUUGAUAUGUGAACAAAGAGAAGAAUCAAGAGCAGUUCUUCAGUUUCUGUUGGCUGCUCCUUUUCCAAUAUGCCUGGACUAUCUUCUGGACUUCUUUUGUGAGCUUUUGAGUGUGGAUGAUCAGGCUUUUAUUGUAAAGCCUGGAUCAGCUGAUGACAUUAAGGGUAAGGAGUUAUUAAGAGAGCUAAAAAUUCAGAAUCCUUUUUCUUUAAUCAUUAAGAGGGGAUGUUUUGGAGUUUUCAAGACCUGUGCAUGUAUCUGGACUGACCUGGUGAAGAUUUUUUGGAUUCUUAGCAUAAGUAAUGGAAUGCAAUUGACUGCUCUCAUUGGCAGACGGCUGGACUUCAAGCUGGGAAUUGCAGUUUAA